AUGCUCUCCAUCACCUGUUGGGGCGUGUUAACCUCCAGUGGCGGACGACAAGUUUUGACGAAUGUAAUGGAAAGCGAACAACAGACUACUGAGAGAGAGACCCCGCCCCAGCUCUGGAGAAGUUGCAAGUUGAUUAUUGACCCCGCAUUGACAAAAGGACUGUACAAAGUGUACCGUUAUGAUGGGCAUCAGUUCAACAUACCCGUGGAGGACUUAGGUCUGUUUCCUGUGGAGACAGUCAGAGAUCCCCGCGUCUACCGCCUGUGGAGCAAAUGCAGCAAGACUGACCUUUUGAUUUGUAAAUUUAAGCUUGAUGAAUGGUAUGUUGGCCCUGUUCCUCCCAAAGAAGUGACAUUUUCCAGGUUGAAUGACAAUGUGAGGGAGACGUUCUUGACUACUAUGUGCAAUAAAUAUGGGAACAUUGAAGACGUGGAGAUAUUUUACAAUCCAAAGAACAAGAAGCAUUUAGGGAUCGCAAAGGUCAUCUUCGGCACAGUGCAGGCUGCAAACGACGCUGUCCAGCACCUCCAUGAGACGUCAGUGAUGGGAAAUAUUAUUCAUGUGGAAAUUGAUCCUAAAGGAGAAAACAGAGCGCGGUAUCUUCAGCUCCUUAUGCGUGGCCUUUAUACUCCUUGGACGCUGCCAGUGGGCGGCAAUGAGCGAGCUAUUCAAAGCUUAAUCGACAGUUUACUGGGCUGCACAGGCACACAGCGACGAGGGAGUAUCUCCAGCCCCACCAGCGUCGCCACAUCCCUCUCUCUGGACACAGCCUAUUCCAGUAUUUGUCAGGACACACCUUGCAGCUUUGGGCUUACACCACAUUCUCAGGGAACACCCCAUACGCCCUGCUUGUCUGCAACUCCUCUCUCCCAGGACUCUUGCUACUCCAGUCUUCAGGCAACUCCAAUCCUGCAGGGAGAUCCCUCCACCUACAGUGUUCUCAAACCUUUGAGACGUGAGCUCUGCCAUCGUAAACCUGCAAGGUACCACAGGGGAUCCGGCGAAGUGUCAGAUUUCAACUUUAUUUUGAAGCAUUGCCAACCACAGGCCCCACACCACGUCUCUUCCCAAAUACAAACUAGCAGCCAGCAACUUGCUCUGUGGGGUCACAAUGCACAAUCUUCUUCUCACAGUAAUACAGAAGCUUCCUUUGACCUCGCCUCCCCCUGUCAGGAGUCCAGGGAUGUGGUCGGCACUACUUCUCCGGCUUCACAUCAAAACUGCAAUUCUUUUAGCAUCGUAAGCAUUAAUUUCACAGUCGACCGGCAGAUAGCAGCAUCCUCCCCACCUGAUGACCAUGCAUGCAUAACAGACUUAUCUCCGUCUGCUGGUAACUGUUCCUCCAGUAGUCUCCAGCCAGUGGUAGAGAGUUUGGACUCACGCAUUGAAAGUUUGCUGAUAGACAGCCAGAUAUCUGACCCUUCGUACUUUGAUAAAAAGACUUUUGAGGCUGACUCUCAGGAUAGCCCCACUUCACCUUGCUCUGCAAAUACCUCCCCUUUCUCAGAUGACUCACUUGGUGGCACUCUGACUUCUUGUGACUUCACAACUAGCCAUCAGCGCUCCUACAAUGAUUUGGUGGAGGUCAGUCCAACGUCGCUCAUUGAAAAUGAAGAGGAUGAAACUACUCAAGCUGUUAUGUUUUUAACAAGAAACUCAGAGUCUCCAUCUGAUCUCGCACAUUUUGAAAGGAAGGCUCACGCAAACAACGAAAAAGAGGAAGAAAGGUUCCUGACAUUCUCAUGUCCAGAGGACCGGCAUGCAGUAAAUGAGAAUAAGGAGCACUCAAAUAACAGACCUUCCAGAGCUUUGACACCUGCAACACAGUCAAUUUCUCUCAAUAGACCAACUCAACUCUGUACCUCCAGAGCUCCUCCUGCCAUUACAUCUAGGUGCUUCCGUCCACCAGUCAUCCCUUUCCCUUUCCCAAUUCCUCCCUUUCCCCCAUCUAUUCCACCUGGCCCACCUCGCCUGCCAAAUGGCACCAUCCCCAUCCCACCUCCAGGUUGGAUCCCACCUCCAGGCCAUCACACCGGCAUCUCCAUUCCUCCUCCACCUUUUCCAGCUCCACCAUCUAUUCGUCCUGCACCAACUUUUCUUCGACCCCCUCCAGCUUUGAUGGUGCUGCCCUUUGUUCCACCCUCUGUGCACACCUACCGCUUACCCAUGCGUCCUGCAGUCCCUUUGGAUAAGGGGAAUCCUCCAGUGCAUGGCAGUGCACCCUUCCCAUUCCCUGGACCACCCUGGCUCCCUCCACAUUUUCUCAGGUUUAACCCCUUCGUGCCACCACCAGAAUACCCACUUGUUCGGGAAAACCCUCACAAGGUCACAAUAGAUAAAGUUUUAGAAGUCAUCAUGGAUGAACUGAAGUCAAUCAUUAAGAAGGACAUGACACGUAGAAUGAUUGAAGGGACCGCUUUCAAGGCCUUUGAGGACUGGUGGGACUGCCAAGAAAAGAAAACAAAGACACAAGUAUGUCCUUUGAAAAGUGGAGCAGCAAGUGUUGAUGAGAGGAACAAACUAAUAAAUCCCCCCACUCACAUCAGUGGCCAGGGAAAGAAACCUCCACUGCCAUCCUUCAAGGUGAAAAGAAAAACAGCCGAUGAUACUGCUACAUCAGAAGAGAUAGAAAAUGGGUUGUGUUCUACUCACGAAAGCUCAGAUGUGAAACAGGGGGAUGACAGAGUGAGACCUGCAUCUGAGAGAGCCAAACGCAGACAUGCUCGACCACAUGGGCUUGACAGUGAUACUGAUGAUGAAGGGAAAGAUGAAGAUAACACACUUCAAGAUGAUGAAACAACAUCAGACAAAGUGGAGGCUAUUGUGCCAGUUGAUGAGGAUCCUCAAAAUCUGUGUGACAGAGAUGAUGAUGGUGACGGUGACGGUAAUAACCCUGAGGAAGAAAAGGAGGAUAACGAUGCUGUCAUCGUUCAAACUAGUGAUGGAGUGCAGUGCUUAGGUAGCGAUACUUUUUCAGAGAGCAGCUCCCCAGAGGACACUGAGUCCUCGGCAGACUUCGUCUCCUCUGACUUGUUCUCAGGGAGCUUUGAGGACUCAUUCUACUCUGACCUCAGUCUGGAAGACGAAGAAAUGGAGGAAGACUCCAGGUCUCGUGUGUGUAUUGUCAUAUCGUCAGAUGAAGAGUCGAUGGAACUUGAGCUCCCCGUCACCCCCCCAGCCCCGCUAACCCCUGGUGCUCAGCUGGAGCUGGGCCUUCAGGACUGGUCCGAUCCAUUUCAUAAGGAGGAAACUGAGGAGAACCAGUACACCUCCUGUCAACAAGACUCCUGUGACUCGGAUAUCAUGAUUGAGCUCCAAACUAGCGAACCCCACAACCAUCUACGGCCCCUGUCACCUAUAGGACGUCCAGCAGCAGAGUUACACCUUGAUGUAGAGAUGGAAAGCCCUGACUGGACCGAAGAGUCAUUCGGGAACAUAGAAAACCUGCGGCCUCUUACUCCUACUGGCUGCUUUCUGGACAGUGACCCAGACCUUCUGAUAAGAAGCAAACCCACAUCCCCAGCUGAGGAGGUGGAACGACCACAAACACCAGGGAAGGGGAUAGUGACUGAACUGGAAAGUGAGGACUCUGCAGAUGAAGUCUUCUCCAUCUCUCCAACAGGCACCAAGCUCAAUCUAGCUCCCUCUGAUCCCCCGGCCUCGUACCCAUCAUACCAGGAUAUGCCCAAAACUCCUGGUAGAGAGGAUGGACGUGGCUGGACACAGUCUAGCUCUAGUAGAGCUCCAGCAACACCAGGCAGAGAGACAACCAUGUCAUCAGGUAGCACAGUGAUGUGUCCAACUCUUUGUAGCCCACUUCCUGUGCCAUACCUGUCUAACAAUCCAUAUGUCACAGCCCCAAAGACUCCUGGAAGAGACAUCAUCCUACCCCGAAGAACCAUAGUCCACAGGAGGAAAACACAAAUGGUGACCACCUUUCAGCCCCCGUUAUAUGAUUCUCUCGGCUGCUCUCCCAUCUCAGUGUCUUCUCCAUGCAGCCUGUCUGGGUCUUCAUCUGACUCUGCUGAUGACAAGUGCAGGUGGUUCAAUUCAGGUGUGAAAAAGAAGCCCUUGCAGGGACUGGAGAACAUGCCUGGGCUUCUGGAUGAGGGGAACAAUAGAGAGACAGAGAGAUCCUCAUUCAGGAGAAAACAGUGGAGGAGGCUUAAGAGGAGGUCUAGAAUCCAGCAUCAGCGGAGAUCACUUCAAAGAAUCAAUGGUUCUCUUCCCUCUCACAGUCAUCUUCACAGGUGGCGUUCACUGUGUAAAGAGAGGAGGAUACUUCAUAGUGUUUGGAAGGAGGGCCUGGAUGAAGAAGAUGAAAGGCUGCUGCAGUGUACAUAUGAAAGGCUGCAAGUGCAAAAUAAUGGCUUUAGGUGGAUCAGUGACACCCUGUGGAUAUCUCACCCUCUGACAAAAGUCCUCCCAGAGGAGAGUGGGGAACAGACAUCCUGGCAGCCAAAACACCGGACCGGCUCUGCUCGCAGUGAAGGAUUCUACAAAAUUAGCAAGAAAGAUAAAAUGAAAUACUUCAACAACACAAAUCUCACCUUUGAGCUUCCAUCUACAAGUACUCAGGGAAUGUGCAUCCCAGCCCAGCAAUCGGUCUCACUGCGUGCUGGAUCUGACUUCAGGUCUGAUCAGCGUCGCCUGCUGUCCUCGUUCAGCUGUGAUAGCGACCUGGUCAAGUUCAACCAGUUGAAGUUCCGAAAGAAGAGGAUUCGUUUCAGCCGGAGUCAUAUUCAUGAGUGGGGCCUGUUUGCAAUGGAGCCAAUAGCCGCAGAUGAGAUGGUGAUUGAGUACGUGGGUCAAAUCAUCAGACAGGUCAUUGCUGACAUGAGGGAGCAGAGAUACGAGGAGGAGGGCAUUGGAAGCAGCUAUUUGUUCCGGGUUGAUCAGGACACCAUCAUUGAUGCUACUAAACUUGGGAACUUAGCCAGGUUUAUCAACCACAGCUGCAACCCCAACUGUUAUGCAAAGAUCAUCACAGUGGAGUCUCAGAAGAAGAUAGUAAUAUACUCCCGACAGCCGAUACGCAUCAAUGAAGAGAUCACAUAUGACUACAAGUUUCCCAUUGAGGACACAAAGAUUCCCUGUUUGUGUGAAGCAGACAGCUGCCGGGGCUCCUUGAAUUAA